UGCUAAUUAUAAGCUAAGGGUCAAGAUGAACAUGCUAAAUAAAGGGGUACCUACCCUUAUCUUUGGACGAAGCCCACGUUCAAUCCUUCGUGCACCAACCUCCUACUACAUCGAGGCUAAAUGUACAUUUAAUUUCCCUUUUUCCUGUUGUCCUUUGGUUUCUGGGCUGUUUAGCUAGAAUUGCUCUGUGAAGUUGACCAAAUUUGUAAGUUUCAGAAAAUGCUAGAUUAAAGGGAACAUUUUUAUUUUUUGUUGAUAUGGAUCGUUACAUGAUUUCUGUUUGUUCUUGUUCCUUGUACUUGUCUUUUUGACGUUUUCAAGUUUAUUGAUUCAACACUGAAAUUUUACGUUUAAUGUCACAGGUUCUGGCAUGUUGGGGUUUGUUGAUUGUUUGAGGUUUGGGUGAUUGAAAGAGAAUUCAAAAGAUUUUAUCCUGAUUGAUAAAUUAUGGGUGGCAAGUAAAAACGUCUCCUGAAUUACGAGGGCUCACUGCAUUCUGCAUUUGUGGAUAGAUUUGGGCAUUACAGUUGAUCAAGGGUUCUCUUUGUUUUAGCUUGGAAUGAAGAGUUCCUUCAAUAGGAUUUGAUUGAGGCGACACUUUCAUUUGUGAGUUUUACAAUACGAUGAUAACAGUGUUUGAGUUAUAAAUAGCGGGAGAGUAGUGUUAUCGAUAUCUACCUUGGAUGAUGGGCCAUUCUGUUUCGAGAGAAAGGGAGCUUGAAGUUGAUCUUGAAAGUGGCGGGACAACCAGUGAUGAGGAUCGAAUGAGUGAUCCCAUUUCAGCAAAUGGACAAGCCAAGGCACUUUUAAUGGAGGCAUGGACUGGGCCUGUGGGUUUUCAAGGAUUGGUGAAUUCAUCAAGCUUUGGUGAGGUUGGUGCUGAGGAUGUGGAAUUGUUGAUAGACAAGAAUUCAGAAGGAAAAGAGGGACAGCAGAAAGCCUUUGUGGAUAGGAAGGAUGUCGAAGAGAAACAUAUAAAGAAGAAUUUGAGAAAACCUCCCAAGCCACCGAGACCUCCUAGAAGUCUGUCACUGAAUGCUUCUGACCAGAAGUUGAUGAAAGAAAUCACCGAGCUUGCCAUGAGAAAACGUGCCAGGAUUGAAAGACUUAAAGCGCUAAAGAAGAUGAGAGCAGCAAAGGCGUCAUCUUCGAGCAGUAGCUUAUCUGCCAUGUUCAUCACAGUCAUCUUCUUCCUCAUUAUUAUCUAUCAAGAAUUGCUUCAACGUCAGCAUGAUUAGGAGUAAACUUCCGUGAGUCUUCAUCCAGCAACAAACAAUCUAUUUCAAGCUAAAAGUCACGCAUCCAAUUUCAAGUGGUCAGCUCAGCUUCUUUGAUGCCAUGAACUCAACCAACUUACUGCUCAGAGCGAAAAAAGACAAACCUUGAAUUUGGCUGCUGCGGAAUUAUCAGAGCAGUAUCUGAAAACUGAAAAAAUCCCUUAACAUGCUUUUUAGCUUUUAUUCCAUGCUCGAUCAAUAAUUCAUCCCAACUUCCCACAAGGUGAAAACACGGUUAUUUUUUUUGGCCGGAAAUGAUUGCUUAAGAUUGUAUUAUCAUACUUGUCUUUAGUUCUCAGGUUUUCUCUGGUUUCAUGUACCAUGCUACAGAUGCAUGGCCAUCAAAAUACCAUUUAUAUUCGUUUGAUCCUUGUAUCGAAAUUCAGUAAAAUUCCUACAGAUGUGAAAUUUUUCUGAUGCUGAAGUCAAAUUUGCCUAGAUUCCUCU